UUUAUGUAAUGAGCAGCGCGGACACGAAGCCAGUAUAAAUACCGCUGUGCGUCUGAACCAACACUUCAUUCACGACUUAAGGAGAGACGAUCUGCGUUACUGCAGCACCCUAACGCACACAGUCGCAUAAAACAAGACACACACACACCACACACACCACACACACACACCCCGAGGCGACUAUCUCUCUCUCUCUCUCCCACACACACACACACACACACACACACGGGAGGUUUGUGGAAUAGUGAACAUGCAAGGACGGGACGGAUAAUAAGACUGGAUCCAGCGCUUCACCUUCACCUUUUGGAUAACCUGGAAAUUUGAACGCGCCUUUUGCGCACGGAAGAGCGGCGACGCGCGCAGGAAUAUAUUCCCUUCUUCUCCUCCUCGUACUUUUGUGUGCUUUAUUUAUUUAUUUAUUUUUCAUUCUUUGAAGCCUUCCUUCCACUUUGGAAUAGGAGCUUUAUUUUUUGGUAGGAAAUAUCCCCGCGGGUGACCCGGCUGCCCCGCCACAGCAUUUUGGGAAAAUAUAAAGGAUGGCAGCUUGGUUCACCUUUCUGAUCGCAUGCUUCAGCGCGCUCCUAACGCAGAUAUUCGGAUCUGGUGUUUUCGAGCUCGAGCUCCACGAGUUCAAGAAUUUUAAAGGUCUGCUGGCGAGCGGAACCUCAUGCAGACCGGACUGCAGGACUUUUUUCCGUGUUUGUCUGAAGAACUACCAGGUGUCCGUGUCUCCAGGGGACUGCAUCUUCGGCAGCGCCGUCACCCCAGUGCUGGGCUCCAACUCGUUCAGGAUGGAGGGAGGACAACUGAGCACACCCAUACGCCUGCCCUUCAACUUUGGAUGGCCGGGAUCAUUUUCUUUGAUUAUUGAGGCCUGGUAUUCACCCUCGGAGGAUCCACCUGUAGACUCAAACAACCCCGACUUACAGAUUAGUUCUUUUGCCAUCCAAAGACAGCUGGAAGUAGGGGCUGAGUGGUCUCAGGAUGUCCAAAGCGGUCAGCAGACGGAGCUAAGGUAUUCUUACCGGUUCAUCUGCAAUGAAAAUUACUACGGCGACAGUUGUUCCAAAAUAUGCACGCCCAGGGACGACCGUUUUGGCCACUACACCUGCAACCCAGACGGGCAGUUAUCCUGUCUCCCCGGCUGGAAGGGGGAAUACUGCGAAGAACCGAUCUGCCUUAAAGGCUGCAGCGAAGCUAACGGCAACUGCUCCAAUCCUGGAGAGUGUGUAUGCCGAGAGGGCUGGCAGGGAACGUUCUGCACCGAGUGUAAGAAACACCCCGUGUGUAAGCAUGGUACAUGCCACAAGCCAUGGGAGUGUCACUGUAAAGAAGGAUGGGGAGGACUGUUCUGUGAUCAAGAUCUGAACUUCUGCACCCACCACAAGCCGUGUAUGAACGGAGCCACGUGCACGAACACCGGGCAGGGCAGCUACACGUGCACGUGCAGGCCGGGCUACACCGGGGUCAACUGCGAGCUGGAGGUGCGUCACUGCGACAGCAACCCCUGCAGGAACCGAGGACACUGUGUGGAGCUGGAUAAUGGCUACACGUGCACGUGUCUGCCGGGGUUCGAGGGCAUGCACUGCGAGCACAGCCUCCUGACCUGCGCAGACAUGCCCUGCUUUCAGGGUGGCAAGUGCCAUGAGAGGGACAACGGACGCAGCUAUUCGUGCGACUGCCCUAAAGGAUACACCGGACUCAACUGUGAGAAGAGGGUGGACAAAUGUACGACUCUGCCGUGCGCUAAUGGUGGUGCGUGUGUGAUCCUGGCUGGCGUCCGUAUGUGCAGCUGUCGAGCAGGAUUUACAGGCCAGCGCUGCGAGAUCAACAUCAACGACUGCUCCUCGAACCCCUGCGAAAAUGGCGGCACCUGUCUCGACGGCGUCAACGACUACUCCUGCUCGUGCGCUCCGGGGUACACCGGGCGGAACUGCGAGCUCCACAGCGCCCCCUGCUCUUCGCAGCCUCUCUGCCUGAACGGAGGAUCGUGCACCAACGUCCCCGGCGGCCCUCCUGUGUGUCUGUGUCCCAGCGGCUUCAUGGGGCCACGCUGCGAUUUCCCCGUCACGCUUCCCGUACACACGGACCCCGAGCCCCGGGACAACUUCCAGUGGGCCGCCGUGUCCCUGGGCGUAGGUUUGGUGGCUCUGCUCGUGCUCGUGUGUAUGGUGGCAAUCGCUCUGCGCCACGUCCACAGGCAAGCGGCUGCCGAAAGGACUCACGACACCAUGAACAAUCAAUCGGACACGCAGAGGGACAAUCUGAUACCGACGUCGCAGCUCAAGAACACGAACAAGAAGGUGGACCUGGAGGUGGACUGCGGUCAGGAGAAGUCGAAUUACAUCCUCAAGAACUACCAUUUGGACUACAACUCGUCUAAAGAGUUUAAGGAAAGCCAGACGCAAGAAGAUAAAAGUCACAAGUACGAAAAGUGUUUAGAAGACAAAAUACCGUUGAGUAGAAUGUACAGUGAAAAGCCGGAGUGUAGGAUAUCAACGAUAUGCUCCCCGAGAGACUCCAUGUACCAGUCUGUGUUUGUAAUAGCGGAGGAGAGAAGUGAAUGCGUCAUAGCAACUGAGGUAUAAACGACAUGACGGGAGGAUGAAGAUGGAAGAUGCGAGGGGAAAAAAACACAAUCAAAGCAGAAAUUUCUGGAUUGUUUACAAGAAAAAAAAAGAACUGAAAGACUGGAGAUGAUUUUUUGUGAUGUCCACUCACUGCUGCUCUGAGAAACUUGAGGACGCAAUAGAUGAAGUUUGCUUUUUGUGUACAGACGUGUACAGUCCUGGACGUUUUCUUUUCUUCUCUUUUUUUUUUUUUUGACCCCUACGGUAUGGUUUUAUGUUUUUUCCCCCUGUGAAGCUUGUAAGGAAGAAAAAAAGCAGGACUUACACUGACUGCACUGCAGGAGGACCAGGGUGGGGGGAAAAAGUCUUUGGCACAGAGACGUGCCCCCUCCCCACAUUGAGCGAGUGAGCGUUUUCUCUCUCUCUCUCUCCCUCUCUCUCUCUCUCUCACUAUCGUGUGGUAAUCACAGACACGUCAUCUGCCAACUACUCACUACGAAGGUGCCAGGGACUUCCAAACCUUCACGCCAGCAUCAUUGCCCACUAUGCAAAAAAAAAAAAAAAAAGAAAAGGAAAAAACAUGGAUUGGGAGAGGUGGGUGAACAAUCACAGCCUCUCCCAUCCCAAUCAUGAGGAAAUGAAUGUCUGUACAAAGAAAAAGUACAAAUCAUAUCAAGACUGUUUUGUUUCUCCGAGAUUGUAUGCAGCCCAAAUUUCACAAAAAAGCCUUAAAAGGAACGGGACAAACGGAAUGCUCAUCUUUACUGGAUUCAUGGAAAACCAGGAAUCGAUGCAAUCAAGAAAGCAGCAGGGAUCGGAGAAAAGAGCAACGAAAUAAAAUACAAAAAGAGAGACUGCACACCAACCACUGACUGCCUAUAAAUUUAGACCAAUAAUGUAAUUUUUAAAAGAAAAAUGAUUAUUUGCAGAGUUAAUUUAAUUACAACACACUGCUCUUUAUAUGUUUUAUACUAUUAUUUUUUUGUAUAUAAUGCAUAUUUAUAAAAAAAAACCAAACAAACUGAAGAAUAAAAAAAAUAAUAAUAA